UGCGACUGCACUUGUCCUUGGUUGAAUUACUCGUUUAAUUUGGCCCCCAAGCUCCUAUCCUGGUAAAUCCCGCCGCAUGUAAGAAAGCACAACAGCACCCAAAAUUCGUGGCAGUUUCAUCAAUUCGUUAAUGACUUCUUUUCCAUUUCUUGUUUUGUCAGCCGGAGUAUACUCUCGCACAGAGAUUUCAACUUCUAAAUGGACCAUUGGUAAUUAUCCCUGCGGAUCAUCCUCUAGAGCCCACCUAAAAUCUUCGAAACAGACACAGCAUGAGCGAUAAGAACACAGAUCAAGAUGCCUCUGCUAAGGCAGAGGCUGUGUCACAUGCCGGCAACACGGGUGACAUCUCUACAAAAGCAGAAGACGGCAGUUCUCAUUCUGUUGUUCCUCUGGUCAGUUCGGCGGAAAAUGGAGGCAAGGCAGAACUUUCCGAGUUGUUGGAAGAGCUGCGGCAGCUAAAGAAAAGGCUCUCUGAAGUUGAUGAGCGAACUAAAAGAGAUGACAUCGCAAUAGAGCAAACUAAUUUCACAGCGAAUACGAUGUCCAGAGCAGAGGAAAUGUACAACAUAGUCUCCGGCGAAAGAAAGAUGGCCCUGGGAACUACAUCGGAAGAGCUCUUCCGUACAUUUGCAAAAACCCCAAACGACAUGAACUUGGUAAGGAUGUACAUGCAAUAUGAUAGAAGAAGACUUCGACAUCGACAUUUGCAUGAAGAGUUCUUGAUGUCACGAUUCGAAAGCGAACUGGAAGGCUACUUUGCAAACCUAACGCUUCUAGGCAAGGAGGAGGUGGUUUUGAAACCUAAGAAAUCUAAAAGCGACUCACCUAUCAAGGCCGAGGUCAGCCAGCUCAGGUGGGAAAUAUGGAAGUCUCGCCAGAGCUUGGGUGGGAACAGUCCUUACGUCAUUGACGUACUUCUUGGGGAGCCAAACCUUUCGUCUCAUGGCUCAUUGGGGCAAAAGCUCACUGGUGAUAGCGCUGUCGCUUUAGAGGGCGACGAGGGGGUACAACUAUCCGGAAUAUUCACUGGUGAAGAGCCUUUGCCGGAACGAAUUCGGCUUAAUUCCCGAUUUUUAAUCAGUCUUGUUUCCAGACUGUGUGAUGUACCAGCCUCACCUUAUUGGAAGCCACUAGUUCUGGUACGACCAUAUAAGCUUCUCACGUUCUACCGCCCGCAGAUACAGAGAAAAUAUGAACAGAUUAGGGAAGAAAUAGAUGAAUUGACCAGAGAAGGGGAAACGAUCAAUACAGCCGCCAAUGCUCCAACAGAUCGAACACCAAAUGACCAAGGAUCAGGCCAACCCCCAGCCGAAGCCACCGAUCCGCAAAAAGAGAAAGAUAUAUCCGACACAUUGAAAGCCCUAGCAGAGGAUGAGGCGCACAACCGCCAUCUUCUAGACUUUAUAGGCUCAUACAUAUCGCCUAAACAGAAAUAUCUCGAGCAAGAGUGUAAGAGGGUUUCUUUCGUUGAGCUCUGGCACCUUUUCAAACCCGGAACCGAAGUGAUCGAGGCUGGCGACAAAUACAGUCAAUGCUAUAGAGUCGUCAAAGUGACGAGUCCCAAGCACAUGGUAUCAAGCAAAUACUCCUGGGUCUUUCGCAGUAAAGGAAGAACUGAAACAUCGGUAUCAAUUUUUUGUGUUUAUGUUGAUUUUGAUGGAAGCCUUCUUGGUCCAGUCUCCAAGAAGUUCGACAUCACGCGGUACGAAGGCCUGAAAGAUGUGAGAUCCUUACCGGUAUACCCCCUUCGCUUUGAAGAUGGAGGAGAUCGCCUUCGUGAACUCCUUAUCGAGAGGGGAAAGAAGUUUUUAAGGGUCCUACGGGUAGGCCAUAUGCACUACAGCGGACUGACUGUGGACUCUAAAGACGAGAUUGACAGCCAGGUCGUCAUUGACUUUACAGAGGCCUUUGCAAAUCGAAAUGGGCAUGAAAGUGGCAACUGGAAACCUAGAGUCCAGAUCCAAGCGAGGGCCGAAGAUGACAGGCUGAAAAGGGACAGUGGGUCGGACUCAGACUCAGAUUCAGAUACGUGUGAUGGCGAAUGCUGUAUUCAUGAGAUAGUGAUCGAUGACAACGACAUAGAUGCGAAACAAAAUGAGUCGUAUCUUUCAGACCUUCUCGAAAAUACGGAGGAAAAUUGUCCAGCGCCACUUGAAGUCCUUGCGCGGCCUAUUCAGAAGGGUAAAGAGAUUUACGUCUCGGAUGACGAUCUUGUCAUCAUGUCGUAUCGUGCUUUUGGCUUUGUUCUUCGAAGCAGAAGCUGGGCAAAACUUGAUGUUGCUGAGCUCAUGGAGCUUGAUGAAUACCGUAAAAAGCGAGAGAUAGAAAAUCCUACUGGAGAGGGCAAGAGCCACAACGCCUUUGACAACCUUGUCUUUCCGAAGGACGGCCUUGAUCGGAAGAAAAUAGUGAGAUCUCUCGUUGCCCAGCACUUUCGAGACAAGGAGUCUGCUUCUAGUCGCGAAGAACAAUCAGAUAUUGUCCGGGGUAAAGGAAAGGGGCUCAUCAUUCUUCUCCACGGUGCCCCUGGAGUUGGCAAGACAAGUACAGCUGAGGGCAUAGCAGAGCUGUUCAACAAACCCUUGUUCCAAAUCACGUGCGGUGAUCUUGGAACUACGGCCAAAGAGGUCGAAGCAGCCCUCGAGAAGAACUUUUCUUUGGCUAACAAAUGGGGUUCCAUUUUGCUUCUGGACGAAGCUGAUGUGUUCCUCGCUCGGAGGACACCUCACGAUUUCCAGAGAAACGGUCUUGUUGCAGUCUUCUUACGCGUCCUCGAGUACUACGCCGGUAUACUGUUCCUAACAACAAACAGAAUCGGGGAUUUUGAUGAGGCAUUCUCAUCGCGAAUCCACAUAAGUCUACACUAUCCGGCCCUCGACUACGAUUCGAGCGUAGAUAUUUUCGACCUGAACUGGCGGCUAAUGAAAGCGCGCUUCAAGAAUACGGGGAGGGAGAUUGAGAUAGACGAGUCUAAAAUUACUGCUUCUCUGACCGAUUACUGGCACAAACACCCUAAUGCUCGAUGGAAUGGCCGACAGAUCAGGAAUGCUUGCCAAACAGCUCUGGCUUUGGCUGAGUUUGAAGCCCAGACCAGUGGAGGUGAUGGAGUCGUCACAAAUCCCACUGCAAAAGUACAUCUCGGCGUUAGCCACAUGAAGACCGUGUCAGACGCUUAUCUUGAGUUCAUCAAGUACCUCCAAGAUGUGCGAGACGCUGACCAAGAGCGAUAUGCAUACCUGAUGGGCAUCCGAAGACAUGAAUCGACAAGCAUGCCUCCAGAGAACCCGCUGGCUUAUGGUCCUUCAACCCCGCAGCAUAGAGGCCAGGUGAACAGACUUGCGGAGCACAGAGCUAAGUCGGCGGCUCGAUAUAAUCGCUCAGACCAAGGGCUUUAUCCGCCUAGCAACCUCUCUGCCAAUGAAUGGCCAGGUCAUCAUUAUGGAGACACUAUGAGCAGCGGAGCCGCCUCACCGUAUCAGACAUUUUCUCAACAAGCGUCAGGGGCAGCUGCGGGGCCAUACCAGCCAGCACUAGGACCGCAGCCCCAGCGGGGAUGGAACCCAGGACCUGUGGGAGGUUAUUAUGCGGCUCAAGAGACACAUUUUCAGCAAAGACCGCAACUGGGUACUGAAGCAAUUUCUAGUAGUCAACCAUAUGGACAAAAUACACAGUAACGAGACAAGAUUAGCCAGAAACUUCAGCUUGAAUCCUUCCUAUUACCAUAGUUCUCUAGUUAUUAUAGCUCUAUUAGAAUAUUGAUUACUUCGCACUACUAUAGAAGAUCUUAGUGACUCACAAAUGAA